AACCCUCCGACCUUGAACGCAUGAGGAUGCAUGGCAAGCCUAGAGCGCUUCAUGACGAAACGUGCGGUCCGUUUCACACGUGUAAACUUCUAAUCGUGGGGUUCUUGUUUGCCGAAUUCGGCUGCUGCCCGUCACCGGGACGGUGAAGGCGGAGUAACCUAGGUUUGAGAGGACUCGUAUCAGCAUCGGUUUCAUCGCAAUCGCCAAACCACCCACAAUCAGUCCAACUUCAAAUCGUUGAUAACCCUUCUAGCCUCGAUGUCCUCGUCCAUGUCAUUCUAUUCGUUAUUCUCCUUCGAUCCAUUCUAGGGUUUUAAUCCUCUAUUUCUCAUCGUUCGAACAGUAAUAAUGUUUCAGAAAUCGCUCGCCAAUCCCUUGGUUUCGCCGAUUCCAAUCUGUUCUCCGAAGCCGAGAUCCCAGAAUUCCCCCAGAUCUGCCUUUAUUGUUCGAUCUAAUGCCGUGGAUUCUUCGAAGAAUUUGUUCGAGUCCCCGGCGAUCUCGAAGGGGCCUGGGGGCCCGUAUCCGGGAGGAAUGGGACUGCACACGGGACGGAAUCCGAGCGUGAGGAAGCCGGAGUGGUUGCGGCAGAGGGCGCCGCAAGGUGAGAAGUUUGCGAAGCUUCAAGAGUCUCUCUCCAAGUUGAAGCUGAAUACUGUUUGCGUGGAAGCCCAAUGCCCCAACAUUGGAGAGUGUUGGAAUGGAGGAGGAGGAGCAGGAGGAGAAGGGGAUGGUAUUGCAACUGCAACUAUCAUGCUUCUAGGGGAUACCUGCACCCGUGGAUGUAGAUUUUGUGCUGUGAAAACAAGCAGAAACCCACCACCACCAGAUGCUAUGGAACCUGAAAACACAGCUAGGGCAAUUGCAAGUUGGGGUGUGGAAUAUAUUGUAUUGACUAGUGUUGAUCGUGAUGACCUUCCUGAUGGUGGAAGUGGCCACUUUGCUAAGACAGUCAAAGCCAUUAAGAACCUAAAGCCUGAAAUUUUGGUCGAAUGUUUAACUUCUGACUUUCGAGGCGAUCUAGAGGCUGUGUCAACUUUGGUAAAUUCUGGGCUAGACGUAUUUGCCCACAACAUCGAAACUGUUAGGCGCCUGCAGAGAAUUGUUAGAGAUCCUCGAGCAGGGUAUGAGCAGAGCUUGUCUGUUCUGAAGCAUGCAAAGCUUUGCAAGGAAGGGAUGAUUACAAAGUCCUCUAUAAUGCUAGGACUUGGAGAAUCAGAUGAGGAGGUUCAGGAAGCUAUGGCUGAUUUAAGGGCCAUUGGUGUUGAUAUUCUGACUUUAGGACAGUAUUUGCAGCCUACACCCUUGCACCUGACUGUCAAAGAAUAUGUGACUCCUGAGAAGUUUGCUUUCUGGAAGGAUUAUGGGGAAUCUGUUGGUUUCCGUUAUGUUGCCAGUGGACCAAUGGUUCGGUCUUCCUAUAGAGCAGGCGAGCUGUUUGUUCAAAAGUUGGCGAGAGGUAACAAGACAAAGGAUGUACCCUGUGAAUCUUAAUCAGCACAGAUGGCUGCUAGAUUUUUGAGUGACAACUUCACAUUGACAUCCAUGGCCUCGCAAAUUACAUCAGAAAACAAUGCACUGGAGACUAGUAAUGAUGGAUGCUAAUCCACUAAAACAGUCUUGGUGGCAAGUAAGAGCUGUUGGAAGGUACUUAAAUAUGUUCAAUUCUAGAGACCGCCUUUGGUUGAUGGAAGAAAAACAUGUUCAUUUUUGUAGUGUACCAUAUAAUACACAGCAUGUGGAAUUACAAAACUUAUUCGAGUUUUUGUUCUUUGUCUUGAUGCAAAUUGUUUGGCUCUCUUAGCUGGCUUUAGUCAGAGAAAGUGAGAAAAGUGAGAUGGAGGUUCUUGAGAGUUGAGAUUAUUGAAUUGCUUAAAUUCUCUUAUUGUGUUUUUAAGCCACAUUAUUCCAGCAAAAUGAGGUGAAAUACCAAUUCUUUUAUUUAAA